AGAUAAAGGCUUUGGUUAGCUCAUUAACAACUGUAGCGACGUUACAGGAAUGUAAACCAAUUACUAGGAUAAUGUGAUUGUGAAUGCAGUAGAAAAAAAGUGAUGGAUAAUCGGGAUGUCAGUGCAAAUGCGUUUGUGAGAUAUUUUAGGUCCUUAUUUAAAUAAAAAUAAACGCAUGUGUCUUAGAUAAACGUCUUGUAGUGUUAAUAUGGUAUUGCAUGGAAGGCCGAAACAUUUAAUGUUAGAUUUACGUUUUUGUUUGACGAACAAUGAGAUCAAUUGUUUGUUAUUUAAACAACUUUCUCGCGAUUAGUCAUCAGUUAACUCUAUAACAAACCAUGGAUAACGUUUCUCUAACGGUGGAAUAUAUCACCAAUGGAUCGAUAUUCAAUGAAAUUAUGAAGACGCCUUGGAGUAUAAAGAACCAGGCAGAAUGCAUCAAAAGUCUUGGCAGCGCAGCCUAUAUCGAAGAGGAGGUUUAUUGCAAUGCGACCUGGGAUACGAUUCUCUGUUGGCCUGCGGCAAAGGCAGGCGUUACUAUACGCCUUCCGUGCCCACCAUUGCCAGGGCUCGAUCCGGAGAAGUUCGGAUACAGGACAUGUGGUUCGAACGGCAGAUGGGAGGGGCGAUUUCCGGGAGACACAAGCAUGCCUAUUGGGUUCAGCAACUACACGACAUGUUAUACUCCAGAGUCUAUGGACAUAUAUAACAAGUUUUUCCUCAACAAAACCCCCGCUCAGGCCCAGAUGAUGAAAGAUACAAUUAGCGCCGUGCGGACGAUGGAAGUUGUCGGUCUGUGGGUGUCUUUAGUCUCAUGCCUUUUGGCACUCUUCAUUUUUUUUUAUUUUAGAAGUUUACGUUGUCAUCGCACACGUAUCCAUCGCAACCUGUUUGUCUCGAUCAUCGUGCAAGUGUUCAUACGUCUGUUAGCCUACGUGGACAAUUACAUCGCCCGGGCCCAGGGUGGAGAGAUAGCAGGGUCGCCUAGCGGAUCUAGCGGCGCCAUCUAUGAUACUCCAGUGCUAUGUGAAAUUCAGUAUGCGUUGUUGGAGUACACCAAGACGGUACAGUUCAUGUGGAUGCUCAUAGAGGGCAUGUACCUUCACAACCAGAUAGCAGUCUCCGUGUUCUCGAAGAAACCCAAUUACGUCGUGUUUUACUGUAUGGGAUGGGGUGUCCCGAUUCCGUUAACUGUCGCAUGGUGCGUUACGCAGGCACUUACAAACAAAAAUAAAUGCUGGUACGGCUAUUAUGACCGAACUACGAUCUGGAUAAUUGAAGUGCCCAGAAUAUUAAUAAUGGCGGUUAACCUCGGCUUCUUGCUAAACAUCAUCCGCGUUCUUGUCUUGAAACUUCAAGACAGCCAUACAAACGAAGCUCAAUUUAUCAAAGUCAGGAAAGCUAUCAAAGCCGCCUUGUUCCUGCUCCCCCUCCUGGGUAUAACCAAUUUUCUGGUGAUGAUCCCACCCGCCCAAGACCCCGUGAAGUUCGCCAUCUGGGCGUACACGUCACAUUUUCUCGUCUGCUACCAGGGAUUCAUUAUCUCACUCCUCUAUUGCUUUCUAAAUGGCGAGGUUCAAAAUACGCUGAAAAAGCGUUGGGACCGCUUUCGUCAACGCCGCAUGGUGCAUAACUCUAGCUUUAGACGUCUGAGCCGAUCAUUUUCUGUAUUCACUUCCUUUACUGAGGUACCUCACUCCGCGCACCAGAAUAACCGCGGGCCUCAGAUAGCCAGUGUCAACGGGGUCAACGGAAACGCCGUUCCGCUCUUGCGAGAUAUCUUAUCCAGACAGGAGUCAGGUGUCUAAAUCAUCAAAAGCUAAUUACGACCUCUGACUUUGUCCAGAGUAUACAGAAACGCGCGCCUGUAUUAUAGCGCCACCAAUCGGAUGCUCUACUGCAUAUGAAAACAGUCGCGGUCAAACCGAUGUACAGUGUACAGGAAUUUGCGGACACCGCAAUGGACUAUGUACUAAGUGAAGAAAUCCAAGCAUAAUAUGCGACCCGAGCCAUUGGAUCGCCGUUGUACAUAAAAUUUAUAAAUUGGGUUCGUGGCAAUGACGUUCCCGAUGCGUUGCGUUGGGGUGCAGCAGAACAGUUCAUCGCAACAGAAUCGUGGACCAAGUAUUAAUGACAUUUUGAACACUUGAAAGAUGCCCACAAUAUAAGUGUGAAAACUGUUUAGUCUGCAGACUGUGUGUGACAGUCUGUUGUUAUGAUAUUAUGUGAUGGGAAAACGAAAUGUGACUAUUUAUAUAAUAGCUUGUUUUCAUAUAAGAAAUGAAAACAUGUAAACCCCCGCGGGAAGUUCGAUUUAAUGGGAUUGUUCCGUCUGUACAAAUUUUCAUUUAUUGAAGCAAUCUCAAAGAUUUAUACCGUCAAAAUAUAAGUAUGAACUAGAAGAUAAUAUUCACAGGUAGUAUAUACCUUUGUAUAGUCCGAAAAAAAAAAACUUAAAAAAGCCUAAAGUUCCGAUUGUUUUAAGCUCAACACAAAAUGAUUCUGUCUGAAAAUAGUUUCUGAAACUUUUGAACAGAUGCAAGAUAUUAAAGACAUGACAGAAAACCUGAAUUUAAGUAAUCAUUAUUGUUUAUAUAAUUACGCUUCUCAAACAGUUACAACAGUUUAAUACACACCACGUGAGUUCAACGUUAAACUGUAAGUGUAAGUUUAGUGUCUUUGGUCGUGCGGUUUCGGAUUAGAUUCAGUACUUUGUCUUGAGUGAGAGCAAAGGUUUUUUAAAUAUGAGCAUGGUGAUUGUAAUCUUUCAAUUUACGAUUAUGAGUUGUUUCGUACAACUUCGCUGUAAUUAUCAAUAAUAUAGACACUAGAUUAAGCGCUUACUUUAACCCAUUAUUGCCUUGCGUCUAGAAAAAAAAGCCUUGGCAAACAGCGUAGACCCAGAUGAGACGCCGCAUGAUGCCUAGCGUCUAGAAAAAGGGCAUUGAAAUAUUCUAAAUAUAGCAAUAAAUAUACUAGACAUACCGACUUUUAGAAAUAAAUUAAUCCAAUUUAGAAGGAUAGGAGAGUCCACUAGGCCUAAAUGGGUUAAAGGGAUCUUUUCACGCUUUGGUAAAUUGACAAAAUUGAAAAAAGUUGUUUCAGAUUCGCAAAUUUUCGUUAUAGUUAUGAUAUUUGUGAGGAAACAGUAAAACUGAACAUUCACCAUGGUCUAAUAUAGCCAUUAUAUGCAUCUUUUGACGAUUUUAAAACCUAAAAAUUAUAAAGCGUUGCAACGCGAAACGAUUGAAUAAUUUGGAGAGUUCUGUUUUUGUCGUUAAAUUUUGUGAAACUACGAAGAUUGCUUAUAUAAGGUAUAAAAUACGCCAAGUAUGUGUAUUCGGCGGAAUAGCUCAGUAGGCUAAAGCGUUUUUACUUCAGGACUCUGGCAGGACUCCAGGGGUCACUGGUUCAAAACCUGCUCCGGGCAAUGUUCUUUUCCUUAUUUUA